AUGGCAUAUGCCAUUUUAUCCAGUUUUUAUUCUCCUGAUGGCGCGGCAAUUAAGAUUGGGAAAAAGGAUGGUUGUGAUUUAUCAUCAAAGAUGGUGGGUGAUUUGUCAUCUGAUUUCAAGUUGGAUGCAGUGAGGGGCCAUGAUAGUGAGGACCCAGAAGUUGGCUCUAUCAAUGGAGGAGUCCAUUUGAUUCUUCCGGAACGAAGAGCUGUGACAUUGACUGACAGAUUGUUUAGAGGGAGUCAAGGAGGGCACGGUGAGACUGUCUCUAUUCCAAUCAGUGGAGAUGAAAAGCGUGAACAUAGGUCAGCAAGGAAAUCUGGACCACUGUUGUCUGGGACAGCUUAUUGCAUUUCUUCUUGUAGUAUGAUAUUGCUGAACAAAGUUGUUCUGUCCGGUUACAACUUCAAUGCAGGCGUAUCAUUGAUGUUUUAUCAAAAUUUGAUAAGUACCAUAAUUGUUGUCCUCCUGGGUUUAUCUGGAGUUGUUACAGUGGAAAAGCUGAAUUGGAAACUGGUUAGGGUCUGGAUCCCUGUCAAUGUAAUCUUCAUUGGAAUGCUUGUAUCAGGCAUGUAUAGUUUGAAAUAUGUAAAUAUUGCAAUGGUGACCAUUCUGAAGAAUGUGACAAAUAUUUUAACAGCGCUUGGAGAAUUAUAUUUGUUCUGGAAACAUCAGAAUCAGAAAGUGUGGACUGCCAUGUUUAUGAUGAUUAUCUCUUCUAUCAGCAGUGGCAUUACAGAUAUCUCCUUUGGCACAGUAGGUUACGCAUGGCAGCUUUCAAAUUGCGUACUAACAGCAAGCUACUCGCUAACUCUACGGCGAGUCAUGGAUGAGGCAAAAAAGUACACAAGAUCUGGAUCCCUCAACGAAGUUUCAAUGGUCUUGCUGAAUAAUUUGUUAUCUCUACCUUUUGCUGCCUUCUUGAUUGUUCUGUUUGAUGAAUGGGAAUAUAUAAUGAACGUAGAUGUGAUCAAAUUGCCAAUGUUUUGGGUUGUUGCAACAGCUAGUGGAUUGCUUGGACUUGCCAUCAGCUUCACCUCCAUGUGGUUUUCACAUCAAACUGGCCCAACCACUUAUCGUCUCGUUGGUUCCUUAAACAAGAUUCCGAUCUCGCGUGCUGGUUUAUUAGUCCUGUUCAGGGUGCCCCUUAGCCUACUAAACCUCUUCAGUAUACUAUUUGGUUUAUUCGCCGGAAUAUUUUUUGCCAGGGCCAAAAUGUCCUGAUCCGGACCGCUCGUAUUAGGAUUGAAAUGAAGGAACUGACUCGCGCUCAGAUUGAAGAAACUGGCUGCACAUAACAGUUUCUAGGCUUAAGUUCUUUUUGGUUUUGCUUUGUUUUUUUGGUGUGAAGUCUUUUCCUUUCUUGUUGAAGAAGGCAAAGAUUUUAUUCCUGCAAACAUAUAGCAUCAAUGAGUUACAGGAGUUGGAAAUUGCAGCUCCAUUUACACUUACUAAUAGCCAAGAAAAAUCACAAGCCGGUGAGCAU